GGAACGGAGCGCAGGGGAGGAGACGGGCGGCUAUCCGCGCGGAGGGAGUGAGUCACCUGACCGCCGCUUACCGCCUGCAGUCGGGCCGCGCCGCGCCUCGGCUCCGGUCGGUGACAGUGAGAAGCAUGCUUUCCAGUGCUCUCCCUGGUCCCAUUUGCCACCCAGGAUGUCUGUGAGUGAGAGGGCGGUGUUUGCCUACGAGUCCUCUGUGCAUAGCACCAACGUCUUGCUCAGCCUCAAUGACCAGCGGAAGAAGGAUGUCCUGUGUGAUGUGACUGUCCUGGUGGAGGGCCAGCGGUUCCGAGCCCACCGCUCGGUGCUGGCUGCGUGCAGCAGCUACUUCCACUCGAGAAUCGUAGGCCAGACUGACGCAGAGCUCACCGUCACACUGCCUGAAGAGGUAACGGUUAAAGGAUUUGAACCUUUAAUUCAGUUUGCCUACACUGCCAAACUCAUUUUAAGUAAAGACAAUGUUGACGAAGUGUGCAGGUGUGUGGAGUUUCUGAGUGUACACAAUAUCGAGGAAUCCUGCUUCCAGUUUCUCAAGUUUAAGUUUUUGGACUCCACCUCAGAGCAGCAGGAAUGCACAAGAAAAAAGUGCUUCUCCUCACACUGUCAGAAAGCAGAUUUUAAAUUUUCAUUUUCAGAACAGAAAGAUCUAGAAAUCGAUGAAGCGGAUGAAUUCUUGGAAAAGAAAAGUGUUCAGACGCCUCAUUGUGACUCCCAAAGGUGUGAGGGCAGUGUAAAAGCAUCCCCCCCUCUCCAGGACAGUGUUAGUCAGGCGUGCCAGUCCCUGUGCGUGGACAAGGAUGGAGCCCUGGCAUUGCCAUCUUUAUGCCCCAAAUACAGAAAGUUCCAGAAAGCGUUUGGAACUGACAAGAUCCGAACUCUAGAAUCCAGUGUCAGAGAUGUCCACACUGCCUCUGUCCCGCCAAAUGAGACAUCUGAACUUGAGUGUUUCGGGGGAGUGCAGGGGUGUGCAGAUUUACACGUGAUUUUAAAAUGUGAAGGAGUGAAGCCAGGCAUGGAGAGUGAAGACACAAAGGGCAAAGACCCCACCCCUCAGUGUCCUGCAGAGCAGGCCCAAGUGACACCUUUGCCUCAGGAUUCGGCAGGACCUCACGGGCUCUACUCCCUGUCAGUCUUGCACACCUACGAGCAGUCAGGUGAUGUGGUCUUUGCUGGGAUGCAGAGUAAAACAGUGAAAACAGAAAAGCCUCUGUCGGGGCCAGAUGCCCAGGACGAGAAGCCAUUGGAAAAUCAGGAUUUAUAUCUGAAGUCUAGCACGGGCCCCAAAGAAGACAGCAGCAGCCUUGCAUCUGAGGAUCGGAGUAGUGUGGAGCGAGAGGUGGCAGAGCACCUGGCCAAAGGCUUCUGGAGUGACAUUUGCAGCACGGACUCGCCUUGCCAAAUGCAGUUGUCACCUGCUGUGGCCAAAGACGGCUCAGAACAGGGCUACUCGCAAAGGCGGUCCGAGUGUCCCUGGUUGGGUAUCAGGAUCAGCGAGAGCCCCGAGCCAGGCCAGCGGACUUUCACAACUCUCAGUUCCGUCAACUGCCCUUUUAUCAGUACUCUGAGUUCCGAAGGCUGCUCAAGUAACUUGGAAAUUGGAAACUAUGAUUAUGUUGCGGAGCCUCAGCAGGAGCCUUGCCCGUAUGCUUGUGUGAUUAGCCUGGGAGAUGACUCUGAGACCGACACGGAAGGCGACAGCGAGUCCUGUUCUGCCAGGGAGCAGGACUGUGAGGUGAAGCUGCCAUUCAAUGCUCAACGGAUAAUUUCACUCUCACGAAAUGAUUUUCAAUCCUUGUUGAAAAUGCACAAACUGACCCCAGAACAGCUCGACUGUAUCCAUGACAUCCGCAGGAGGAGUAAGAACAGAAUCGCUGCGCAGCGCUGUCGCAAGAGGAAACUUGACUGUAUCCAGAACCUUGAGUCGGAAAUCGAGAAGCUGCAAAGUGAAAAGGAGAGCUUGCUGAAGGAGCGAGACCACAUUCUGUCAACGCUGGGGGAGACAAAGCAGAACUUGACUGGACUUUGUCAGCAAGUGUGCAAGGAAGCCGCUCUGAGCCCCGAGCAGAUCCAGAUCCUCGCCAAGUACUCGGCCUCCGACUGCCCGCUUUCCUUUUUAAUUUCUGAGAAAGGAAAAAGUACUCCCGAUGGCGAGCUUGCUUUUACAUCAGUUUUCAGUGUGUGUGACGUGCCUCCAACUGCACCACCUCCCUGUGGGCGAGGGAACAGCGCAGCCAGCCAGGAGCUUGUGCAGGAGUCCCCGUCAACCACCGCAGCCGCCCCGGAGCAGGCCACGCUGUUGGAACCCUGUCGGCAGAGUGCUGGGAUCUCAGACUUCUGUCAGCAGAUGUCUGACAAGUGCACUACUGACGAGUAACCCCACGGGCAGCCUUCACCUGCCGCUUCCCUCUGACCUUAGUAUGGCCAUGUCUUCUUGCCUAGCAGCCUGCGUCCUCCUGGUAGCUUUCUGUUGUGGGAAUUUCUCUUUCAGGUGAUCCUGAGUUCUCCUUGGUUUUCAUAGCAGAUACGACAUGCUCUAUCUCUUGGAUGAUGGGAAAUCGGAUGUGAAAAUACAGAGUAACCAGGUAAUAAUCUCCUAGUGUUCAAACUAACUACAGCAGUGGAAGCCGCAGUAUCCAUUUCAACAGCUCAGAGCAUCUGCACACAGUCCUGGUGGGCUGUGGAUAACCUACUGACCUGGGCUGUGGAUAACCUACUGACCAGGAAGAAGAACCCUUCUGAAGCGGAGCAGAGGCGAUCUCCCCAGAAGUGGGCUACUAGGUGUUUAUGUGGAAAAGAAAUCUCCUUUGAACUCUAAUGCUCUGCACCUCAGCUCCUCCCAAAGUCCAGCCUGGGCUGGACCUGGUGACCCUGAGGCUGCCCUGGCAGGACCUAGUCAGAAGCCACAGCUGGCCUGGGCUGGAGGCCUCUGCUGUCCUCAGUAGUGACUAGGAGUUUUGGCUGCACAAACCAGAAAGUGUAUCGUUCCGUUCUCAGUUCUGUUCCUCUCUUUAGUCUCCACCUUGUCCAGGCUGUUAGGGACUGUCUGUUCCCCGACUUUUCUUGUCCCAUGAAGGAAGAAGCUGGCAGUUAGGCCUAAGAGGCUUGAGUGUGCACAAUCUGGCCAGAGCUGUAGUUGCCACGGUCCCGGAGAGCUUCACACUGCAUGAGGCUGUCGAUCAUCUCAUUGCAGGUCACUGAUGACCAUGAGGGCAUUGGCGUCAAGGAGAGGGAAAUGUCUACAUUGACUGGAAGAGCAGCUCAUUGGUAUCCUAGUGAAGACUUGUGAUCUGUAAAAUAAAAAAAAAGACGUGUUAGAGGCAAACAUGGAUCUGAGGCUCUGCCGGUGUUUGAAGCGAUAAAAUUCGGGCUCGGUUCAUUAAUGGGUUUGUACUUGAGAGCCAGAGUUAAUCCUUUUAUUAUUAUUAUUUUUAUCUUAUUCCCACAUUUGUAAAGGCAUACAUACCAGUUUGACUUGGGCAUUGAAAGAUCAAUCUUGUGCUUAUUUAAUGUUGGUAGAAAAUGAAUUGAUAAUAAUCUGAGCAGUUACUCCGGUAAUAUUUGCAGUGAUUUUUAGUCAUUCUGGAAUCUCACCUUGUAGACCUCAGCAGUGGAAACAAAACCUUGUUUAUACAGGUUCAAUAUCCCUUUUCAAGGAAUGUGGGAUGCCUUAAAAUUGGAGACAUUCUGAGCACCGAGAUGUGCGAUACCCAGGCCUGACCUCACGAGGCAGGCUGCAGUCAGAGCAGGGCGUUCAGAGUCCUCUGAAGGCUACUUUAUAUGCCUACAGUAUAGGGUUUCAUUAAGGGUGGGGGCGGGGGUGGGGCCCUGACCCUCAGGAUCCCAUAACCUUCUGUUGAGAACAGGGAGAGCCUGAAGUCUGAAGGCACUCUGCAUCAGACACCUCCAACAAGGGAGUCCGCAGUGGCUCCCAGCAGCACUUAGAGAGUCCUGUGUCAGGGUGCAGGGGACAGUCAGUAGGACUGCAUCUCUCCAGGUCUCAUACCUGAAAGAGACGCUUCAUUGCAUGCUGCAUCUACUGAGGGGCAGAGGGGCAGAGGGAGGGAGGAGGGGAGGGGGAGGGGGAGAGUGCACACUACCCUGAGUGGUAUUCGGUCACUGGCGAGCUGAUGUUUGCCAUGAGGAGAUACGGGGACCAGCAGCAAUAUUUCAUGAUUUCAUAGUUGGCAGAUAUUGCUCUUUUUCCUUGGGGUGCAGCAAGGGAGGGAGGAGGGUAGUAUGUGUUUAUCCUUGGAAGAGAAAAUUAAAUUGGAAUUAUUUUCUAGAAGUUUUGAAAAGUCUACUCAAUUUGCCUGGGAGAGAGUGCUCACUGUGUGAUAAUACAUCCCAUGUUACAAAAGAGUUGUAUGUGUAUGUGUGUAUAUAUAUACACACAUAUGAAAUUAUAUGUAUAUACACAUACAUACACAUGUAUGUAUAUGUCCCCAUGCAGCUAUUUGGUAUUUGUAAGUUUAGACUUCAACUUAACAUAAUAUGAAAACUUCUCUGGUUUACAAAGUGUAAAAUCUUAUACAAGCCAAUGGAUUUCCUACCUCACUGUACACUCGGCUGUCUGUCAUCGGUUCUUGUGUGUACAUACGUCAGAUCUUUUGCUUUAAAUGUAAAUAUUUGCUUUGGAAGUCACUUCCCAUUUUAUGGUAAAGCCCAGCUCUCUCCUCAGUUUAAAGGUAUUUUUUUAAGACACUUGGUUUAAAUCUCUAUGAUCAGUUUCGCAUUAAGGGUUAAUUUUAAUGGUGUCUGGUAAUUGGCCAAGUGUAAUAUUUCUUUUACUUAGCAUUACUUUUAACAGGCAGCAUGUACUACAAGUAACUGCACUACCUCACACAUACCUUCAUGGUUUUCAAGUUGUAUUAGGUGGACAGGACAGGACCUUUGUCUUUGGGCCAUAGGUGGGUAAUAAUAGAAAUAUAUUGCAUAGCAUUAUACAUUUAUGCCUAUUUUAUCGUGAAUUUCUAAAACAUUUUCUUUUCUAAGAAGAUUUGUUUUAAGGAAAUACUUGGGGGGGGGAGACAAAUGAUAGGAGAAUCAUAUGUGUACAGCGUAUGCCUUUUCCUUCAUGCAGAGCUUGGACAGUGGUUUUAGUUGGUGUUUUGCAUAGUCACACAAGCAGAGCUCCUUAUUGUGCAAGCCGGCCUUCUCAAGGCUAGAGCUGUCAUGUCUGACUCAAUACAAUAAUGUCAUCUUAAAUUUUUGCCCCUUAUUUGAAUACUACAGCUACAGUCAAAUUAAUUUGUUAAAUUGUUAUAUUCAGAAUAAAUAUGGAUAUAAUAACAUUGGUUGUCCACCUGCAAGCUUUCUAACAAUUUACUGUAGCUUGAUGCUUAGCCAGUUUUACGUUAGGAAUUCAACAUACAGGAUACAGGGAUGAGGGUACUCGGCCGUAUUAACAACUUGGAAAAAAAAGAAAGAAGCAAAUGGCGAUGUUACAGUGAAUUCUCAGGUGAACUUUUCAGUUAUGAAAACAUCUAUUUUGAAUUUGUAAAUAUUUUAACUGUUUUAUUAAGGCAUGGACUAAACUAUUCUUUGACACCUAUUGGGUAGAGUGAAAAUUUAAAGCCAUAAUGGUAAAAGAUGGCAUACUGAUUGUAAAAUAAACAAAUAAUAAUAAU